AUGGAGCGGCGGCCGGAGCGGGAGGCCGAGGCGAUGCGGCCCCGAGCCCAAGCUAAAGCAGCAACCCCUCCAGGGCAGAGCGUCCCCAAGAGUGACGAGCCAGCUCCUGCUGCAGCCCCCUCCCCGUCUACAGGAGAAACACUGCCCCCCAGGAGUGACUGGCCUGCCCCUCCCGCAGCGACCUCUAUGGGAGAGUGCAUCCCCCCCCAGAGCGACCAGCCUUCCCCCCCUGCCACGCCUGCCCCUGUUGCAGUGACUCCUCUGGGAGAAGCCCUGCCUCCCCGGCGAGACCAGCCAGCCCCUGCCGCUGCCCCCACACCUCCAGGAGAAGCCCUGCCCCCCCGGCGAGACCAGCCAGCCCCUGCCGCUGGCCCCCCACCUCCAGGAGAAGCUCUGCCCCCCCGGGGAGACCAGCCAGCCCCUGCCGCUGCCCCCCCACCUCCAGGAGAAGCUCUGCCCCCCCGGGGAGACCAGCCAGCCCCUGCCGCUGCCCCCCCACCUUCAGGAGAAGCCCUGCCCCCCCGGCGAGACCAGCCAGCCCCUGCCCCCCCACCUUCAGGAGAAGCUCUGCCCCCCCGGGGAGACCAGCCAGCCCCUGCCGCUGCCCCCCCACCUUCAGGAGAAGCCCUGCCCCCCCGGGGAGACCAGCCAGCCCCUGCCGCUGCCCCCACACCUCCAGGAGAAGCCCUGCCCCCCCGGGGAGACCAGCCAGCCCCUGCCGCUGCCCCCACACCUCCAGGAAAUGCCCGGCUUUCCCCAGCUGCAGCCACCCCCCCGGGAGAAGCGCUACCCCCCAGGAGCGAUGGGCCGUCCCCUGCCACCGCUGCUUCUCCACCGCCUGCCGCAGCGGCCACCAGCCCCAGGCCCAAGCAAGGUGCCCAGAAAGCCGAAGCGAGGCAGAGGCAGGCGAAGGAGCGGAGGGAGGAGCGGGCCAAGUACCUGGCCACCAAGCGAGCAUUGUGGCUGGAGAAGGAGGAGAAGGCCAAGGUGCUGCGGGAGAGGCAGCUGGAGGAUCGCAGGAAGCGGCUGGAGGAGCAGAGGCUGAAGGCAGAGAAGCGUCGGGCCAUCCAGGAGGAGCGCCAGAGGCAGAAGCUGGAGAAGAACAAGGAGCGCUACGAAGCCGCCAUCCAGAGGUCAGCCAAGAAGACCUGGGCCGAGAUCCGGCAGCAGAGGUGGUCGUGGGCUGGCGCACUGCACCAGAGCUCCCCCCGGCACAAGGAUGGUGCGAGCCGGUGCUCAGUGUCCGCUGUUAACCUCCCCAAACACGUGGACUCUAUAAUCAACAAGCGGCUCUCCAAAUCCUCCGCCACUCUCUGGAACUCUCCCAGUAGAAACCGAAGCUUGCAGCUGAGCCCCUGGGAGAGCAGCAUCGUGGACCGGCUCAUGACGCCCACCCUCUCCUUCCUGGCCCGCAGCAGAAGCGCCGUGACGCUGGCCGGCACUGGCAAGGAGCAGGCAGUGCCGGUGUGCCCCCGCUCUGCCUCCACCAGCCCCCUCAGCCCCUGCAACAACCACCGCCUGCAGCACCGCUGCUGGGAGCGCCGCAGGGUGGUGGCCAGCAGCCCAGAGGUGACGCCGCGCCGGAGAGUUGAGUCCUCGCCCAAGAAGAAGGAGAAGAAGGACAAGGAGCGGGAGAACGCCAAGGAGCGGAGCGCCCUGUCUCGCGAGCGGGGCCUCAAGAAGCACCAGCCCCAGCCCGGCAGCCAGCCCAGACUCCCCCGGCCCGCCACGGACAGCAGCCCGGGGCCAAAGAACCGGCCCUCAUCGCCUGCCACCCCCAACCACCGGCCGGCUUCCCCCAGCCCAGGCCUUGGCUCGCCCCACAAGCCGCCACUGCCCCGCAGCGUCCACUCCUCCCGCAAGGGGCGGCCCAGGGCCAAGGAGGAGCGCGAGAGCCAGCUGAAGGCACGCGAGAGGAAGGAGGAGGAAGAGGAGAGGGGAGCAGCCUCCCCAGCCCCGCCCGACACUCCCAAGACCCCUGGGCCCGCUGAGCAGCCCCCAGGCGCUGCUGCCCCCGCUGGCACCCCCAGCCCCACGCCAGCUCUUGCCACGCCUUCGGGCAAACCCAUGGCGGGCACCACAGACCGAGAAGAGGCAGCCCGGCUCCUGACAGAGAAACGCCGGCAAGCCCGCGAGCAGCGUGAGCGUGAGGAGCAGGAGCGCCGGGAGCAGGAGGAGCGGGAGAGGCGCCAGAGGGAGGAGCAGGCCCAGCGGGAAGCCCAGGAGCAGGCCCAGCGGGAGGCCGAGGUCCGCCGGCUGGAGGAGGAGCAGAGGCGGCAGCAGGAGGAGCGCCGCCGCCAGGAGGAGCGCCAGGCCGAGGAGCGGGCCCGAGCCGAGCAGGAGGAGACGGAGCGGCUGCAGAAGCAGAGGGAGGAGGCAGAGGCGCGGGCCCGCGAGGAGGCUGAGAGGCAGCGGCUGGAACGGGAGAAGCAUUUCCAGAGGGAGGAGCAGGAGCGGCUGGAGAGGAAGAAGCGGCUGGAAGAGAUCAUGAAGAGGACGCGCAAGUCAGACGCGGCCGAUGCCAAGAAGAAGGACGAGAAGAAAAUGGUGAAUGGGAAAGAAGCCAAACAGGAGACUGACGCCAGCCCAGGCUGUGGGAAGCGAGCAGGGCCGCUGGCGAAGGAAGAGGAGCUCCCUGAGUCAGAGACGCCCAGCACAGAGAGCCAGGGUGUGCGGACGGGCCCUGUCCCUGAAGGGCUGCAGCAAAGCCCCCCCAGCAAGGACGCGGCGCCCCUGGUGAACGGCGUGCAGCCUGGCAAGCAUGAGAACGGCUUCCCCGGCAAGGAGGUGGGCCAGGGCGUGCUGGAGCUCUCACAGCACAGUGGCAGCACCGACCCCAUCAUCCCCUUCGGGGACAAGGAGCCCUUCCUCAAGACAGCCGUCGUCAAGCCCCCCCAGGUCACAGUGAGGGGACCUUUGACCCCGCCCGAAGCACCACCCCCUCCGUUCUACGUGCGGCGCGUGCUGCGGAGGAGGCCGGCCCCCGCGCGAGGCCUGCCGGGGGUUGUAGUCCCCUCCACCGCUGCGGCCAAUGGGCGGAGGCCGCUCGGGGACUGCGUCUCCCAGCAGCCCACGCGGCAGGCGGGAGCCGGGGCCUGUGAGGCGGCGUCGUAG